GUUUUGUGUGCCAGUCUUGCAAAUCUGUAUUUAAACCAUAGAAGGAUAUGGACCGACAUAUUCCUGUGCAUCCGCUACCUGAGGAAAUACGAAAGACAGGUGAACAGGCAGCAACAGGAAGAUGAGGAACAUCAGCAGAGCCAGGAGUCUCCAAGGAUUGGAAUCAGGCCCCCUACUGGGGCUUGAUGAGCCUUGGCAGGUCUCCAUGAUGCUGACCUCUGACUCAAUCCCUGGUUUGAAGCAAUGUCUAUAAGGAAAUGUCCCGGGAAGAGACAGUGUGUAAAUAUUGCGGAGUCAGCUAUUUGAUCCUCCAUGAGUUUAAGCUGCUGGAAGAGAAAGUAAAAGCAAUGGAAAUGAAGGUGAAGUUUUAUGAAGGCAGCAUAGAACGGGAGAAGACACUUCAAGAGAAGCUACAGCAGCUAAAUCAAGAUUUUGAACAGUGUGCAGCAGCUAGCAAAUCAAAAGAGAAAGAAAUAUCCAGUCUGAACCGAAGCUUGGGUGAAUGCCAGAGGGAAAAUCUGCUCCUCCAGGAGGAGGUGCAGCAUUUAAGGUUGAUAACAGACGCAGCUGAGCAGCAAGCUGAGCAACUCCAGGCGACUCUCUUACGAGAGAGUGAAUUACAAAACAGAUGUCACGAACUACAGAAGAAAACACAAGAUUUAACAAGUCAAGUAGAGACAAUUGAGCACAAGUUCCAGGAAGCAGCUGCCGAAAUCAGCCAUUAUAAAGAACUAUUCGUAAAGAAGUCAAAAGAAGUUGAAGACUAUCAAAGUGAACUCCAGAAACUGACAUCUGAAAUUGGAGCAUCCACAUCUCAGUUUGCUAAUACCCUGAAAGAGCGAGAAAAAUCUUUGCUUGCCUGCCAACAAGCAUCUGGACGUUUACAGGAAGAAGUGAUUGAGAAAGAGAGGAAAGAAGAAGAGCUAAAAAAACACACCAACCAUUUGGAGAGUGAACUGGAAACAAUUAAGAGCCUUCUCAAGCAGCAAGAGGAAGAAGUGGUAAUGCUUAGGCAAGAAAGGGAGUCUCUGCUGAUUUCCCAUCGGAGCAGAAUGGAGCAACUGCAGGAAACAUUGAGGCAGAAGGAGCUGAAGGAAAAGAACUGGCAGGAAAAGAUCAAAGCUGAUAGAGCAAAGGAACAAGCUCAUCACAAAGAGGAGAUUCUCAGCCUCAAAGAGGAAGCCAGAAUGGAACUAGAAAUUGAGAAACAAAAGCAUCAGGAAUUGAUUGCAAAAUAUCAGAAAGAUCACGAUGACCAGCUACACCUUAAGAUACCUGCAUUGAUAUCCAGUGCCACGAAUAACCUGAAGAUGGAAGUGGGCACCCUUGAAAAGAAGCUCCGUGAAGCCCAGAUCAAGCUUACAGAGAAGCACCGAGAGAAAGAGGAGGAAUGGCAAAGUUUAAAAAAACAAGUUGCUGUGCUUGAGCUCCAGCUGCAGGAAGAACAGACUGCCCAUCAUUCAGUGACAGAAGACAUGAGAGAAGAAAUAAAGAAGAAAAAUUAUGAGCUGGAAAAACUGACUCAAGAGCAAACGCAGUUGAUUCAGAAAAUGAAUCAGAUUCAAGAGGAGAAUGCUCUUCUCCAGGACACAGUGCGCAGGGAGUGUGAGGAACGGUAUGAGCUCACCGAAGCCUUGGCUCAAGCCAAAGAACAAGUCGUGGAGCUAAAGAAACUCGGUGGAAACUUCCAAUUGUCACAGUGUUCUCUCAGUCAGGGCAGCCUAACCUCCGCUGCAUUGGUCAGCAAUCACGGGCAGAGAAGCCCAAACUGUGGGAAAGGAAUAACAUUCUUGGGACACUGUGGGAUUUCAAGAGCCACUAAAGCACCGCUCUCUAAUAGGUACAAAAGCGGCAUGAACGCAAGCUUGCCUGCUCUGCCGUCCCCAAGCAGAAAAACAUCUCUAGAUGAAUCCAGGAAGAGAAUCACAGCAGUUCUAAAAAGACAGAUGAGUGAGCUGUGAUGAAUCAAGGACUGCUCUCUCUCUCUCUCUCUCUCUUUCAUCGAGAAGAGUAAGGAAAAAAACAGUGGCAUAGGUCAUUAGGCCACCCCAGUGUGGCUCACAGGGGAAAAUACCAGAUUUUACUGCCGGGCAAUUAGCAUGUUUCUAGCGCUGAGUGUUGUUGUUUUAUAUACAAGCAACAUCAAAUUAAGCUAAGCAGUGGUUUUUAAUCUCACACGUGAAAUCAUGAAUCGGCAUUUUGCUUUGUAAAUGCUGGUGACUUAGGCCUGGUUCUGACUGAAGUAGCAAUCUUGUAUAUGGCUUCUGCCUGCAGAUGAGGCUUCACAUAAAGGAUAAACUGAAGAGCAGGGUGGAAGUAUUUCCCUACAGCAAAGUAGAUGUCGGGGGUGUCAAGCCUAGCCUUGUCCCUGCAUGUAGAAAACUAGUGUGGCAAGGAGAAGACUGGGCUACAACAUUUGUGUGUGUACAGGAUAUGUAUUCAAUCUGAAGUGGUACGACGCAGACACAGAUAUAGCACAUCAAUGAGAAUGAGGCCUAUCUACAACUGGUGUAGAAGAUAUAGUAAAUUGAUUAAAGUACUUCACACCUACACCAUCCUGAAGUAUUUUUCACCUUGCAUGCCUCCAUUGUUAAAAUGUUAAU